UCCCGUGCAUCCCCCUUGCGACCCCCUAAGACUUUUGGGUGGAAGGGCGAGGGUGAUGGAGGAGGAAGAAGGGUUGAGGGUGGUCGGUUAUGGCGGACGGGUGUGGGUGAUGGAGGAGGAAGGAGGGUUGAAGGUGGUCGGCUAUGGUGGACGGGUGUGUGUGAUGGACGAGGAAGGAAGGUUGGGGGUGGUUGGCUAUGGUGGAAGGGUGUGGGUGAUGGAGAAGGAAAAAGGGUUGGGGGUGGUUGACUAUGGUGGACGGGUAUGGGUAAUGGAGGAAGAAGAAGGGUCGGAGGUGGUCGGUUAUGGUGGACGGGUGUGGGUGAUGGAGGAGGAAGAAGGGUGGAGGGUGGCCGGCUAUGGUGGACGGGUGUGGGUGAUGGAGGAGGAAGAAGGGUUGAGGGCGGUCGGCUAUGGUGGACGGGUGUGGGUGAUGGAGGAGGAAGGAGGGUUAAGGGUGGUCGGCUAUGGUGGACGGGUGUGGGUGACGGAGGAAGAAGAAGGGUUGGAGGUGGUUGGCUAUGGUGGACGGGUGUGGGUGAUGGAGGAAGAAGAAGUGUUGGAGGUGGUCGGCUUAUGGUGGACGGGUGUUGGUGAUGGAGGAAGAAGGAGGGUUGACGGUGGUCGGCUAUGGUGGAUGGGUGUGGGUGAUGGAGGAGGAAGGAGGGUCGAGGGUGGUCGGCUAUGGUGGACGGGUGUGGGUGAUGGAGGAGGAAGGAGGGUCAAGGGCGGUCGGCUAUGGUGGACGGGUGUGGGUGAUGGAGGAGGAAGGAGGGUCGAGGGUGGUCGGCUAUGGUGGAUGGGUGUGGAUGAUGGAGGAGGAAGAAGGGUUGGGGGUGGACGGCUACGGUGGACGGGUAUGGAUGAUGGAGGAGGAAGGAGGGUCAAGGAUGGUUGGUUAUGGUGGACGGGGUGUGAGUGAAGGAGGAAGAAGAAGGGUUGGGGUGGUCUGGCUAUAUAGGAUGGACGUGAUAGAAGGUUCGUUGGACGCGUCCUAACCCCAAGCCCC